AUGGAAAAAGGAAACAUCCCCUCCAUCAAGUCGCUCCUCGUCCUCGACUCAGACGGCAAGCGGAUCAUCUCGCGGUACUACAAGGGCGAGUUUGCGAGCCUGGCGGAGGAGACCGCGUUCGAGAAGAAGUUGAGCGACAAGACGAUCCGUACCAACGCAAAGAAUGAGGCAGAGAUCGUCAUGUUUGACAACAUGGUGACAGUGUACAGAAACUCUGCCGACGUGUGGUUCUACGUGAUCGGCCACCAUGCCGAGAACGAGCUGAUCCUCGUCGCGGCGCUGACGGCGCUCUACGACGCGCUGACCAGCGUGCUGCGCCAG